UACCCGGGGUAAGGAGCCAGGUAAGGCCGCCGGGUUUGGGGCGGUAGCGGUUCCGGGCGUAGAGGGUGAGGGAGCCGGGGGUGAUGACGGGUGUUGGACGUGUCGGCCAGGUGUCGGACGUGGCGGCCAGGUGUCUGGUUUUCGCCAUCGCUGUGGGCGUCCUCAUGUUCUGCCGCCGUGGCGGCGGUGGCGGUGGUGACAGCGGUGGUGGCGGCCGCGGCAGUUCCUCCGGCAUGGGCGGUCGGUUCGGCGGCAGGGGCGCGCUGGCGAAGGAAGCGGUUAAGUGUGCCCCAGUCAACGGCGGUGCGGUCCGGAGUGAGGAGCUCGCGGAAGUCGCUGGUGAGUUCAAGGAGGGGUUGAAUCAAUCGGAAGGGUAGGGCCUGUUCCGUGUCGGCGCCUGGCGGCGCGGUGCGUGUAAGGAGGGCCGACAGACCGUGGAGCGUGGUGUGGUAUGCGCUGCCCUUUUGGGUCAGCUCCAGCCCCGCGUCUUUGAUCAGCGAGAGUUGUCGUAGGUUGGUGUAAAAGCGGCAUUGCGUGUGGAGUUGAUCUGCGGGCACUCUCUGUGCCACACUGUGUUGCAGGUGGAGCAUGGCGCGGGUGACGGCACCCAGUCUGCCCCCAUCGUUUAAGGCCUGGACGAGGGCCUUGCCUGCGCGGCGGACAUAUAGCUCGCGGAUGCUACCUACCCCCAGGCCAAGGGUGUUAGUGGGCUGGAGGAUAGCGCGGGUGGGGAAGCCGCGUUUCAGGCCGUAGCACAUCUUUGCAGUGCUUGCAAUGAGCGCAUCGAGGCUGGCCACGUCGUGUGUGCUGUACGGCAUGAAUGGGAGGCUGUAGGCCACUGCUGGGUGGAUGGUGCAUUGUAUCAUCCGGAGUUUCUGGUCCGGUGUGGCGAGUGAUGUGGCGAUGCGUUGCCCUCGCUUCUUAAUUUUUUCCCGGAUGUACUGCACUUGUGCACUCCAGUCUAGGGUAGGGGUGAUGUGGAUGCCAAGGUAUUUGUAGGAUUCAUGGGGGGGCUUGUAUGGGAUAGCGGUGCCAUCUAUGCGGAUUUGGCCUUCAAGCAUUCUGGCGAGCGCUGCCUGGUGGGGCUUGCUGCGGGGGCCACCGAGGGUGGGAUCGGCGCGGGCGCGGCCGUGGAGUAUGCCUUGUAGUUGGCAUUUGGAGACGUUGACUUUGAGGCCGCCCCAUGCUGCGUAUUUCUCAAUUUUUUCAACUUGGAUUCGUAGGUUUGAGAUUUGGGUUGUGGCGGUGACUAAGUCAUCGGCGAAGGCGCCUGAGCUGAGGUUGUGUUUAUCAUUCUCGGCUUUGGUGAGACAUCCGUAUUGGUAUCCGCGCCCGCCAACAUGGAGCCACCGGAGCAACGGUUCAAUAAAGAUGAUGAACAGUAGUGGUGACAGGACAUCGCCCUGUACCGUGCCGCGUUGGAUAGGGAUAGGGGGUGUGGUUCCAUGUUCAGUGCGCACGCUGGUGGCUGCCUUGCCGUAUAGGUCCCGUACCACCUCAAUCAGAUCGGUGGGGUAGCCUAGGUCGUGCAUGACAAUGAGCAGUUUGUCGUGGUCUAUCGUGUUGAAUGCGGAGGUAAAAUCAAUGUACAGUAGGAAGAGGUCGCGUCCGGUGGUGGCGGCGUCUUCUAUGGCAUGGAGUAGAUUUUGGACUUGCCGCUCGGUAUUGCGGCCUCUGAGAAAGCCUUCUUGUGACUCCGUGAAGAUGUGGGCUUGUUCGCUAAACAGGGCGGCAUUCACAGUGAUGAGGGAGGUAUACAGCUUGUAGAGGGUGUUCGCCAGCGCAAUGGGCCGCUUAUUCUGUAUCAGCAGGGGGUCUCCUUUUUUGGGUAAGAGGACGGUGUCGGACUGUGUCCAGUGUGUAGGGAUGUGCGCUUUUACCCACAUGAGAGUCAUGAGUUGGUGUAUGGCUGUUUGUAGGCUGGUGGGUAUUGUCUGGAGUAGUUCGUUCGGUAUUCCGUCGGGUCCCGGGGCCUUGCGGCGAGACAGGUGGUUGACGCAGCCAAAGAAUGUGGUGCUGUCAGCAAUACCUGGCAGUAAGGUGGCGGGUGCGUCGGUUGGCUUAGAUAGGGCCGGCAUUCGGUCGGGUGCGUCGGGCCGGCUCCAGGGGCACUGUUUCGCGCUGUUGGGUAUGUUGUAUUGUCCUGUGCGGGGGCCGUUGAUGGGUAGGAGUUGGGCGGUGAAGUGCUGGUGGAUGCUGUUUAGAAUUUUUUCGGGCUUGGUGUGGACUUCUUUGGUGAUGGGGUCAGUGAGGGCGGGCGUGCCACGUGGCUGGUCCGUCUCAUCAAAGAUCUUCUGGUGUGCACGCUUUGGCUGUGUUGCAACCAGUCGUCGGAAGGCGCGGGCUGUACGUUUGGUAUUGAGUUUUCUUGCUUCCUUUUUUGCGGUGCGAAGGAGGGUGCGUGCGUUGAGUAGCUGACUCCUGAUGGCGGUGGGUGUGUCCUCGUCUGCGGGGGCCGGGGCAGGUGUGGGGCUGGUGGUGUUGGGCGGGGGCGUCGGGGUGGGGUGAGGCGUGGCGGUGGGUGGGAUGGCGCCCGCUGCGUUUGUAACAGUAAGGGCGGCCGUGAGUUUUUUCUUUGAGCUGGCGGGUGGCAUUCAGGAGGCGUGUCACGGUUUUGGACGUGUGGCGUCGUGGGCUUGUAGUGCUGGCACGUGGAGGUUUCUUGUCGCAGUAGGUUUUGAGAACGUCCAGGCACUUUUGGAGAAUGGUUUCGAGUGUGUUGCUGAUGGACGUGGUGUCGGCAGCACUAACUUCGGGGAGGGCACGGAACUCCGGUGGUGCGCAACUGGUAUAAAUGCUCUACUGUGCCCUUGCAUGGUCAGUGGUGCCGCUCCUUCCGCACACAGCCCCAUCCAAUGCUUGUACUUGCUCAUCUGCACGCCUGGUUGCUUGUUGUCUGAUGGGAAAGUGCUUGGCUCAGACUGCAGCCGCUCGUGCUUCCACGCCUUCAUUAGACUCUCUCGAAAGGCGGAUACUAUUUGCCCUUCAGGCAGCGGGCUACCUGCUCGGCUCUCCUCCCUUUCCGGCCUGAUCAUGUGCAUACGGCCUUGCCAUACGUCUACGCCAUGCGCUGAGAUAAAACGGAAAAGCCGUGCACACCACCCAUCUCCCUCUGGGUGUACUAACGCGUCUUGUACUUCAUCAAUUAGUGCAUCGUGAGCUAGGCUAUCCUUCUGCACGGCAAUCCUGUUGUAGAAGCCAAUGCAAAGCUUGGCGAAAAAGAAAUGGAGUGGUAGUUGUGCUAAUUCAGCAAACAGCAGGCGAUGCGAUGGUCGCUUCGUACCCACUGUCAUCCUCAUGUACUGCACUUGUAAUUUGACGGCCUC